CCCGGCCGGGGUCCCGACGCGCCAGGUCUCGGGGAGGCCCGGACGUGCCCGUCGCGGGUCCGGCCGGCUAGCGGCGGGGCGGGGGCUGCGCGGGGAGGGGGCGGCGCGCCCGUCCUCCGGUGUCCGGUCACCGCCAUCCCCCCUGGCCGCACCAUGGCCCUGAAGGCCGAGGGCGCCGCGCUCGACUGCUUCGAGGUGACGCUCAAAUGCGAGGAAGGGGACGACGACGAGGAGGCCAUGGUGGUGGCCGUCAUUCCGCGGCCCGAGCCGAUGCUCAGAGUGGCCCAGCAGGAGAAGACCCCACCACCUAGGCCCAGCCUGCUGGAGGCAGGUGGCGAUGGCUGUGAGGAGCCCAAGCAGCAGGUGUCUUGGGAGCAGGAGUUCCUGGUGGGGAACAGCCCAGGAGGCAGCGGGCGGGCGCUGUGCAUGGUGUGUGGGGCUGAGAUCCGGUCGCCGUCGGCGGACACGGCGCGCACGCACAUCCUGGAGCAGCAUCCUCACACCCUGGACUUGAGCCCUUCCGAGAAGAGCAACAUCCUAGAGGCCUGGAGUGAGGGGGUGGCCCUUUUGCAGGACGUCAGAGCUGAGCAGCCAUCCCCACCCAACUCAGACUCAGGCCAGGAGGUCGAUGCUGACCCGGACUCUGACCCAGACCCUGCCAAAAUGCCAGCGGAGAUUGUCGUUCUCCUUGACUCUGAGGACAACCCAUCCCUCCCCAAAAGGAGCCGGCCCAGGGGCCUCCGCCCCCUUGAGCUUCUCGCUGCUCCUGUCACCGAGCCGGGAAGUAAGAAGCCCCGUGGUCAGAGAUGGAAGGAGCCCUCUGGGGAAGAGCCGGUCAGGAAGAAAAGAGGCAGACCUAUGACCAAAAACCUGGAUCUGGACCCAGACCCGGACCCCGACCCAGAUCCGCCAUCACCCGACUCACCCACAGAGACCUUCGCAGCUCCCCCCGAGGUCCGGCAUUUCACUGAUGGCAGCUUCCCCCCAGGCUUCGUCCUCCAGCUCUUCUCCCACACCCAGCUCAGGGCCUCAGACAGCAAGGACUCCCCCAAAGAGGGGAGAGCGGCCGAAGGAGUCCUACCCCAGCCAGAAAGCGCCUCUCCAGCUCCCCCUCCGGGGCUUCGCGGGACACUGGAUCUCCAGGUUAUCCGUGUGCGGAUGGAGGAGCCCCCGGCGGUCAGCCUCCUGCAAGACUGGUCCAAGCCCCCCCAGGGCACCAAGGGUGUGGGAGCAGGUGACACCCCAGACUGGCCCUCGGUUCUGUCGGAAUCCAGCACCACUGUCGGGGGGCAGCCGGAGGCAGGUGGUGGUGUGUAGGUUCUUGCUUUCCCGGGGAGGGGGGGGUGGGAGGAGGCAGUGUUCCCCUUUGGCUUAGUCACUCACAGCUGCCCUGCUGGGCCACCUGGUGGAGAGAGUAAAACCAGGUGUCAGGGCAGGAUGGAGGAGCGGAAGUGGGCAGCAUCCGCUCUCCCUGGGGGCACUGGGAAAUGUCUGCCCCUGGCCAGGCAAGAGGCCAGGCCCUGAGGUGGGCAAGGGUGGCUGAGGGCCGGCGUGCGGUAGGGCAUUGGGCCUGCGGAGAACACCCACCCCGAUCCUUUUGCUGACCCAGAUCUCUCUGUCCCUCGUUCCUCCUCCCAGCCUCUCUUAGCCCCCCACCUUUCUCCCUUGGCACAGUGCCUUACACAGAGGUGGUCAUAACGGGGUUUGAUCCGAGUCCCACUACCUCGGGGGACGCCUCUCCUCCCCCACCUGUUCAGGCUCCUAGACCAGGAGGCCUCCAUUACCUCUUCCCGCUCCAUCCCCGAGGAGGCCCACAGCCCUCCUGGGGGCCCCAUUCACUCCCUCUCUCCUUUCCACCUGUUUUCCUGUUGUAUAUAUCUCCUUUGUUGACAAUAAAUUAUUUUUUUUUAUUAAGA